AGAGCCUCUUUGUUUAACUGCAACUUUUCCUGGAAAAACUUUCUCGGAAAGAAGAAAGGAAGUCGCAACUCGCAAGAAAGGUUGAUCGCAGCAACGAUGAAAAAGGUUUUAUGCUGUUUCAAAGGAGAAAGCUCGGGAACUAACAACAACGGCGAUGAAGAAGAUCCACAACGCCCGUUCGGCGAUAACGAGUUCCUCAACAACGCUUGGCUCAACAAUCUCGAUAUCCCUGACGAUCGUCUUCCUCCAGAACCUCCUCAUUUAUCUCCACCACGACUUCCUCAUGUCAUUCUUCAAUGGCAAGAGAUCUUAGACGGAACCCAAAACCUCAAUGACACUAACUUGCUCGGUGAAGGCAACUUCGGUCAAGUCUAUCGCUGCAAUUUACCAAGUCUCGAUAAGGUCGGAGCUGCAAAGUUUCAGAAGAUAGGGAACGCAGAGGCUGAAACCGAGUUCAUGGCAGAGACCACAACGUUGACCAGAGCUAACCACCCGAACGUGGUCAACCUUCUCGGCGAAUGUGUCACCCCCGACCACCGUGUCAUCGUCUACCAGUUCAUGCCUAGAGGCUCUCUCGACCACCACCUCUAUGCCGACACGAGGCCAGCUCCGGGUUUACAACAACACGGACGUACGGUUUUGAGCUGGGAGAGAAGGAUGAACAUCGCGUUGGGUGUAGCUGAGGCUCUGAUCUAUCUACACGAUGAGCUCAAGACGGUUCACCGAGACCUCAAGGUUGCCAACGUUUUACUCGACGAGGACUUCGUGCCGAAGCUGACUGACUUUGGACUAGCGACGAGAAUGGUUUACGAUGCGAACGGGGUUGAGAAAGAGAGCGAGAUCGAUCCGAUCAAGGGAACUCCAGGAUGCAUCGCACCGGAGACAGAAGAGUCAGGUCUUGUUUCGAGCAAGUCUGAUGUCUACAGCUAUGGAGUGUUCCUGCUCACGCUUUUCACCGGAAGGAAGGCUUUUGAUCGUGCGAGACCUGUUGCUUCAAGGAAAAUCAAUGACUGGUUAAUGUCAGCGUUGGGAAGAGAAGAGUACUUGCCUAUUGUUCUCGAUAUUUCGCUGGGCAAUACGUUUUCGGCUGAAGGUUUAAACAGGUUAUUUCAGGCUGCAAGGAUGUGUAUGGACCCAAAUGUACUUGUGAGGCCUACUAUGCGUGUUGUGGAGACGAUGGUUCGUGAGGCUGCAGCUUAUGAUGCCGUAACGUUGCCCCUAGUGCAGAGGAGGGAUUUGGUGUAGGAAGUUUUAUCAGACGAUUUUAUAUAGGCUGCUUUUUUUUGGGGGGGGGGGGGUUUG